AUGGGCAGCUCUCCAAACAACGGGGAGGCUUGCAUCCAGAGCAUCAAGUGCAAGAGCAGGUGCUGCCGGCGGGACCCCUACAACUGCGAGUCGCACUGCACCCAGAAGGGGUCUGAGGACGACUGGUGCCACACGCAGACGUUCCUCGGCCUGUAUAACGAGUGUCCCUGCCUGCCGGACCUGACUUGUAUAUUUCCGAAGAAUGUGAAAAUCUUUAAAAUUACCUACGGCCAUUGUAAGAAAAUUGUUGUAAAAAAGAAGUUAACUAAGAGAGGUUUUUUCUAA